UCGAGCGCGGUUCGGUCGAGCAGCCUGCUAAUCAAACAAGGGGGACAGGAAGAUGGCAUCCACCGACCAACCUGAGCCACAAUCCCAGCCUGGCCUUCCACUCGGAGACGAUGCAGCAGCUCGCCCCAGAGAAGCACUGAUUUCCACUGCUGUAAAAUUUCUGCAGAACCCAAAAGUACGUCAGAGUCCCUUGGUCACCAGGAAAGCCUUCUUGAAGAAAAAAGGACUGACGGAUGAAGAGGUGGAGUUGGCCAUCCAGCGCUCCGGCAGCACGGAAGAAGUCCUGCCUCUGAGCCCUGUGGGGCCCCCACAUCCACUCCACGCAACUCACUUAGCUCCUGCACCACUCAGUCCAGUAGGCUACAGAUGGAGAGACUAUGGCGCCCUCACCAUCAUCAUGGUGGGCCUCGCGUUUGGCUUCCACCAGCUUUAUAAGAAAUACAUCCUACCCCUCAUUAUGGGAAGCCGAGAGGACAAGAAGCAUCUGCAGAGGAUGGAGAGCAACAUUGCGGCAAUGAGUGGCACGCUGACACAGACAGUCAGCCAGCUGCAGCAGACCUUGGCCUCGGUCCAGGAGCUCCUGAUCCAGCAGCAGCAGAAAAUCCAGGAGCUCUCUCAAGAACUGUCUGCGGCAGAGGCAUCAUCCUCAACCAACCGCAUCCUGGACAACCAGACAGUUGGAGAGCUGAAGGCUGAGAUUGUCUCUUUGAAGGGCUUACUGCUCAGCAGGAGACAAUUCCCAUCUACUCCUACUAUUCCCAAGAUUCCCUCGUGGCAGAUCCCCCUGAAGCCGCCUUCCGCCGCCAACUCGCCGCCCGUCAACCACGCCAACAGCAGCAGCGACAUCUCCCCCGUCAGUAACGAGUCCGCCAACUCCUCCCCCAUCAAGGACGGACACCACAGCCCCCAGGACGCGCUGGGCGGGCCCGACGGAGCCCUCGGUAUCAACGGAGAUGCCUUGACUAUUGGCCUGGGCGCAACCCUGCCUCUGGACCAGGUCCGCAUGGAGGUGCAGGGGGAGGAGGAGAAGAAGGAGGAGGAGGAGGACGACGACGACGUCAGCCAUGUGGAAGAGGAGGAGGAGGAGGAGGAGGAGGAGGGUCUAAGCAUCCAGACAGAGGAUCGGCGAGGCGGCGAUGGACAGAUUAAUGAACAGGUGGACAAACUGAGGCGUCCCGAGGGUGCCAGCAACGAGAGCGAGGUUGAUUAGACGACAGCGGAAAGCACACAAACACCCUCCAAAACACCACUACUCAUCUCUGCUGACAGCUUUGUUUCUCGUGUCUGCUCACACAAACACACACUUUCUUUUUUUUUUCUUUUUAGUUGUUUUUUUUUUAUCGUUUAAAUGCAAUCUUCUCUGUCUGUUUCCAUUUGUUUCAAGUAACAUCUCAGUGUUGAGCAGAGUGAGGAGUCGGCGUGGGCGUAGGAGCUGACAAAUAUUGCGUCUAGUGACGCGCCGCUUACCACCACUAGCAUUUGAUCGCGCAUCCAGAAGACAGAAUGCCAACGCGAGCGCCGCACUGUGACGUCCGCUCCGUGAGGAGAAGUGACGUCACGCAUCUGCCCCCGUGCGCGCCGUUAACCUUGCGCGACUUCCUGCUUUUAAUUUCCAUGAUUUGAUCUGAUAAUUCACAGCUAUGCCUUAGUGUCCUUGUAAUUUAACUAAGGCUCCCGUUCAGACCAAAGAGGCGGGGGCUGCUGCACGGAGUAUCUCCGCUCUACAGCAGGUCAGGAAUCAUAUGUCGGUUCUUUAAUCUCAAAGUUAACCGUGAGCUUCCAGUGGCGCAUUAGCAGAGUUUGUCUCCCUGUUGAUGGCAAUAGGAGAGGACAAGCUCUUCCAGGGCCGGAGCUUUUAGCCUCUUUUAUGUGUCCUUUUGCAUUGGUGUCAGUCUGUCAAUAAUUCACAAGGCCAGCAGGGUGGCAUUUGGGUGAAAUAAAAGCCCUGAAAUUCGAGAUUAGAAUGUGAUGACGGGCUUUGUUCCAUGCUGGUGUCAGAGUGCUCAUACGCUCAGAGGAGGGGAAGAUGAAUGUUUUUUCCCCCCGCUUUCCUAUUUCACUGAGGGCUGAAUUGUGCAUCUUUCGCGAGCGUGUUUGUGUGCGUGGCAGGCGAGAAAACCCAGACUGUCUGCUGAGCUGUAUCUGCAGUCUCCAGCAGGGCAGCUGAUUUGGUUUGUGAAGUAUGUUAAUAAUCAAAUGAUCAACAAAUAACAGAUGUAUUAGUUCAUGCAGCUUGAAAUGUCAAGGAGGCUAAAAGCGGAAAUCUAAUACAGAAAGCCCAGUUGCAUUGUAUUAUUUUCUGUGACAAACCCUCCGGUCCAAAUUAUGUAGGGCCUCCUACAGUGAGUAAUCUUUACAGAAAACGGCGCCAAUAUUUUGUAAUUAAGCUGCAGUAAGACAACAAGUGCUGCCACGGAUGGAAGUUGCAGAACUUGUAUCACUUUUCUCUCAGUGUGGAGGCGGAUGGGGGAAGUUAAAAAAAAAAGAAAGAAAGAAAAAAAAAGAAAGAAUUGCCCCGUGAUUGAAAAAGAAAGUAAUAAAUGAAUACUCGACUUAUUGAAUUACUCACUGUGUCUCGAGCUAACAAGAAGAGUCCAUGAGUGAGAAGAAGGGAUAUCAGCUUGUGCCAUUCCCACCUUCAUCACAUGGUCUGCACAGGAGCACAGAAAAGGUAGCGGGACGCUGCACAUUUCAGAGACAGCCGUCCUGAACAUACAGAUUAUGUUGAGCUGGAGAGAUUAAGUUAAAAGUACAGAACGAUGACACAACAUUGCAGUAUGCUGUAAAGUUUUUUUUUUUGAUGUAUUACAAAAGAUUUUUUGUGGAUAAAUGACUUUUUGUUUGAAGGAGUGCGGAAUAUGCUUCAUAGCCACCGUAGCCGCAGUGAUUGUUCCCCUCUGUAACCGAUGUCUGAAUUCCAGCUUUAAUAAAUAAGGUUUAUCUCAAAGAGGAAUUUCUGCUAUAUUUAUUUUUAAACUGUCGACAUGUAGACUAUACCCUAUUCCUGUGUGCGCUUAUCAAAUGACAAUCCUAGUCUUGCUUGGGUUUUCACCUUUAUAUUAUAAAAUUGCUAUUAAACACAAAUUACACUGUAGUCGUCCUUUACGUGUUUUUUUUUUUUUUUUUUAAUUUUUUAGUUAUUUUUAUUUUGAGAUGUAUGCUUUUGAGAUGAGGGAAGAUUUUCUGUAACAUUUAAACUUCAUUGUGUUUGGGUAAAAAUAGUUUGGUAAUAAUAAAAUCAAACAGCGUGAAACUUUA